AUGGCACAAAAUCACUUCCAAUGGGAAGGUGAGCGAACACCUACAGAGAAACUGCCACUAAAGAGUGAAAUGUAUGAAGUUAAUGGCAUAGACCAUGUCAAUGCUAAAGUGGACGCACUUUCCCAAAAGAUUGAAAGUUUGACCGUAACUCUAACAACUACCGUAACUGUUGUGACACCCAACUGCGAGUUAUGUGGAACACCUGGGCACAACACUGAUGAAUGUCAUUUAUUGGCUGGUAUUCCAAUUGACAAAGUAAAUUAUGCCCAAGGGAACCCAUACUCAAACACCUAUAACCCUGACUGGAGAAACCAUCCUAAUUUUUCCUACAAGAGCCACAAUGCUUUAUUUGCUCCAAACCCAACACCUGCAGUUCCUCCGGGUUAUCAUAAAGGAGCCCCCGCUGCUCCCCAAGCACCUAGAAAAUCAAAUGUCAAACUACUAUUGGAGAACUUUAUCGCAUCCCAAACCUAA